AUGCGGGCUCCGGAGCGGCCGAACAGCAACGCCGCCGUGCGGGAGGACAUUUUUGCGCAGCUGAGGUCCAUCAAGUCCGCCGGAAGGCGGAGGCGCACCUCGCCCGAGCGGCAACUGCAGCUGCCGCCACCGCUGCACACGCCGUCGUUGGCGCAGCAGAACGCCCGAAACUCGCCGGUGCGUGAGAGCGGCGGGCAGGCGCGCCGGGCCAACGCGGGCCACGCCCCUGCGCCGCUGAGCCCGCACACCCGACGGCUGCCGCCGCUCUUUGCGGAGCAGCGGCGGAACGUCGCCAGCAUUCGCACGGUGUGCACCGGCCUAGGCGACAUCCUGCAGCAGCUGGACGUCGACUUUGCGCGGGUGGGCGUGUCGCUCCCUUCCCCGACGGCGGCGGUGGACGGGGCGGUGACGUCCGACAUGCCGGGGGCGGCGACCAUGCAGCUGCUGCAGCGCCGUGCGCGGCGGGAGUUCCUCUCGCGGCUGCAGCAGGCGCCGCCGGGGCAGCGGCAGAGCCUCGUGGAGGAGGACGCGCGGGCCUCGAGCCUCACGGAGGAGGUGCAGGACGAGAUCAACCGCGCCCGGCUCGCGGCGGCCGACGAGGGGCUGAGCGACGAGCAGUCGGUCAGCGAUUACGCGGAGGAGCCGGAUCUGCCGCGCUUUGCGCCUGGCGCCCGGCUGCGGGAUGAGGUGGAGGCGAUGGAGCCCUCGCUGCGCAAGAUCAGCGAGUGCGUCGCCGCCAUGGCGGCCAUCGAGGAGUGCGACGCCGGUAACCCCUGGUGGGACUCCGCGAUGCGGACGCGGGAGAUGAAGGCCACCGGCAUCCGCGCCAACUACCACGCGCGCUGCAUCCUCCGGUGGAACCAGCGCGCCCGCGAGCACUUCCUGGUCGAGGCCGUCUCCUCCAACGACCAGAUGGCGCGGUGCCGCAGCGACAUGCUGUACCUCCGCGAGCAGCAGGGGCUCUUUCAGCAGCGCAUCAACCAGUCGCAGCAGGAGCAGGCCGACGGCGUCGAGGAGAUGAAGACGCUGCAGGAGCAACUCUACGAGCUCAGCCACACAAAGGGCGAGCUGCAGCAGAAGCUCGUGGCGGCGGCGCAAGAGCGGCGGCUGCUGCCGGACAACUGCGAGGACGCCACUCUGGCGGAGUUGCUGCUGCUGCUCGACCACGUCAACUGGCCGGCGGCGGUGCAGCCGGACGCCGACCGCGUGAAGGAGUGGGUGCGCGAGAACGCCAUCCCGCUGGAUGUAUAG